UACAGUUUGGGGUUUCUUUUCUUUCUCGAGUCCGUAAUCCCUAAAGGGUAGAACUUCGUAAAAAUGGCGAAAGAGCGAAAAAGAUCUUCAUCAUCAGAGAGAAACAGCAAAGAUGAUAAUGAAGAAGAAGAAGUAACUCCAUCAAGGAGAGAUCGUAAACUAAAAGAAAAAAUAUCCAAAAGGAAAAACGAAGAAGAACAUUCAUCAGAUGAAGAUGAUAAAUCAAUUGCACGAGAUAGAAAAAAACAUAAAAGUAGUAGUAGAAGUAGAAGUAAGAAGAAGAAGGGUAAUAGUAGUGGUAGAAGGAAAUCGAGCAUUGGUUCUAAGAAAAGCUCUCGAAGAAAAUACAGUGAUGAUGAUUCGCCUUCUGAUUCUGAUGACGAGGAAUCUGAUUCGGAAUUAUCAGGUUCCGAAUCUGAAUCAGAAAGUUCGGAUGAUGAUUAUUCAUCUGAAGAAGAAAGUGAGAGUGAAGAUGAGAGAAGGAGGAGGAAAAGGAAAGAACGGAAGAGAAAAGAGAGAGAGUGUGAGAAGGAGAAAAGAAGGAAAAGAAGAAGAGACAAAGAGAGAAAAGGAAAGAGGAAAGACAGUGAUGAUGGAAAAGAUCGAAAGAAAAACAAGAAGAAGAAAGAUAAGAAGGAAGGAAUUAAAGGAGCUGUUACAAACUCUUGGGGGAAGUAUGGAAUUAUUAGAGAAACUGAUAUGUGGAACAAGAGACCGGAGUUUAGUGCUUGGCUUUCAGAAGUGAAAGAGGUGAACCUGGAAACUGUACCUAAUUGGGAAGAAAAGCAAUUGUUUAAACAAUUUAUGGAAGAUCACAAUACAGCUACAUUUCCUUCAAAAAAAUAUUAUAGUCUAGAUGCUUAUCACAAGCAUCAGAUAGAAAAAGAAAUCAAGAAAGGUACUAAAAAGGUCCAGCAAGAGCGUACAUUAUUCAAUGACGAAGAACAACGUCGGCUAGAGGUGCAGCAAGCGCGUGAAAAACAAAAGCAGGAGCAGGUGGAAUUGUUAAAAAAAUCUAUGCAGAGUGGAAUGGCACAAGCAAUGAAAGAACAAGGUCGCCUGAGGGAAGAAAUGGCUUAUCAGUACAAGCUAGGCAACUUCGAGGCUGCUGCUGCAAUUCAGAGAAGACUUGAUCCUGAUGUUGCUAUGUGAACAUCCACUAAGAGGCGUACAAUGCUAUUAUCUUUUGUGGAGUGGUUAAAGUUCAUGCAAAAUGGAGGGUUUGUUUUCUUUCAAUGACACAAAAUAGAGUUUGUGUUCGUUUUCCCUUGGUUGUUCAAGGCUCUGUAGUUGUUCCUGUUGGAAAUCAAAUCUCGUCUUUGUUGGGUACUGGAAUUGUCACUUGCCUAAAGUUGAGAAAGUCUUCUGUUGUCAACAUUAUGGUAAAAGAUUUUUGAGAAUGUUGCUGGUCUCAGGGCUGGCUAAAUGGAACCUUUUUCUUUUAAGUGAACUAACAGUAAACCGGAGCAAGCUUUUUACUUGCAA